CCCCUCCUCCAGCGCCAUGCUGCGUGGGUUCUCUUGCGCGGCGACGGGUAGGCGAUUCCUCCCUUGCCCGUAUUUGUGCUCUCUCCCUCUCACUCUCCCGUUGGAUCAGGCUGGAUUGGACUGGGUCUGUCGGCCCAGUGCGGAAUCCGUCCACAACUCUGUUUGUUUGCUUGCCGGCUUGUCUGCUUGGUCCCGGCUCCUCCCUGAAAAGAGUGGACUCGGAUUCGUUACGUUCUGCGCCGUACCGAGCACAAGCGAACGUAAUUGUAUGCCUGGCGCGCGACGCGACGGCUACGCUCGCCAUGCUCAAGAUUAGGUCGUUUCUUUCUCGGACCGACCAGGCGCGAGAGAGUCGCAGACAACGUUGAUCGGACGGCGGCAGAGCAUCCCGUCUGUUGGCUCCCUGGACCGCGCGAGAGGCGAGCGAGGGCCCAUGGCAAACGGGCAGCAGGCAUCGGAAGGCGGGAGACGGUUCCCGCGAUACACGCCCGACCGACGCUAUCUGGCUGUCACUUGAUAUUGAUCGACUUGGCCAAACCAAGGUCCAAGAGACCCAGGCAAACCGGGGGAGAUGGGUACGACAUGGCUAACACGGGUCCAAGCUCUACUUUGUACGCUUGCGUUUACGUUUGCGUCUCGGUCUGUUGCGUCCUCUCUUCUCUCAGCACUGUGUCAGUCAGUCAUGAAGAGUCAGAAGAGCUCGUCAGUCCGUCAAGUUGAUUUCUCGCUGCGCUCAGUUUCUGGCCGCUCCCUGGCCUGGCCGUAGCCCUAUCCUGCCUCGCCCUAACUCCAGACCCCUGCGCCUAUUCAAGAUUAUGGCGUCCUCG